AUGAGCACCCAAAGACGCGAAUAUGAAUUUAGUUAUAUACCAGAAAUACCUGCUGAUAUUCGAGUCAUUGUAACUAACCAGAGUUGGCCCGGUGUAAAUGGACGAUUCAAAACUAAUACUGUAUUACAGUAUGAUGAUAAUUAUGAGGAAGUUAUUGAGUGGGGUGUUCGUGCUUUAGUUCCGGAGAUCAGUCGUCGAGACCGUAAUAGAGAAAAUUUACCAAGACCAAUAGAACUUUUUAAAUUUCAUUUAGGUAAUGUUCCAGAAUUUCAAAAGCCAAAACUGCCAUUCGAUCUUCCUUUUGAAAGGGUUAUUGCCGAUUAUCUUCGCAAAAUGGAGUUUACUGAAGAAACGAAGGCUAUUAUGAGAAAAUGCAUUCAUGAUGCUAAAUUGAUCGAUAAUAGUGGUACUCAAAAUUUACAAUUCACUACUGAGCCAGCUUACUUAGUUGUUGAUUGUGGAGGUGGUACUGUAGACUUGACUGUUCGAAAAUUAUUAAAUAAUAAUCAACUUAGCGAAACAACUGAACGUUCUGGCGAUUUUUGCGGUGGCACUUACGUAGAUAAAAAUUUUGUUAAAUUUCUUGAGAAUAAAGUCGGAAGAUAUGCAAUUUCAAAUUUACGAGAUAAAGAUUAUCGCGAAUUUCAUUAUAUGAUUCACCAAUUUUGUGAAAAAGUUAAAAUUCCAUUCACUGACAAUAUUUCUGACUUUAGAACUUUUGAAUUUGAUAUUACAAAUUAUUGCCCUGCACUUAAAAACUAUAUUAACGGUACUAUAAAAGACGAAUUAGAUGAUGAUGAGUGGAUAAUUGACAUUGAUUAUGAUACUGUUAAAUCUUUUUUUGAUCCAGUUGUAGAUCAGAUUAUUAAUUUAAUAGGCGCUCAACUUGAUAAAAUUAGUGAAUGUUCUAUAAUAUUUUUAGUUGGAGGUUUUAGUGAAUCUAGAUAUCUUCAAUCAAUGAUUAAGCAGAAAUUUGGCAAUUCUCAUAAAAUUGCAAUUCCACCAAAUCCAGUAGCCGCUAUAGUUCGUGGUGCAGUUCAAUAUGGUUUAGAUACGGAUGCUAUCAAAACUCGUGUAUUAAAAUGGACUUAUGGUGUACAAAUUUACCCAGAAUUUCAAGAAGGCAUUGAUCCUCCAUCACGUAAAACUUCCGAUGGACACAUUUAUAAAUUUAACAUGCUGGCAAAAAGGGGUAUUGAAGUUGAAGUAGAUCAAGAGUUUUCUGAAAAAUUUGUUCCAUUUAAACCAAAUCAGAAGAAUGCGAACAUUAAGUUCUUUUAUUCUCCGAAAUAUUUUGUUGAAUAUUGUGAUGAAUCUGAUGUAAGAUUAUUAGGUGAAUUUAAUAUUGAACUACCUGAUACUCAUUUAGGACAAGAUAGACAAGUGUCUGUUAAUUUAUGUUUUGGGAAGAUGGAAAUGAUUGCAACCGGCUUUGCAUAUGCUAGUAUCCGUUCUGGUGAAGUCUUUACAAACCAGAAUUGGCCGGGGUUAAAUGGUCAAUCCAAAACUAACACUGUAUUGCAGUAUGAUGAAGAUUUUAAAGAAGUUAUUGAGUGGGGUGCUCGGGCUUUGGUUGGUGAGACGCGGCAACGUAGAAAUAGAGUAAAAAAAUUGCCAAGACCUGUGGAGCUUUUUAAAUUUCAUUUAGGAAAUGUUCCAGAAAACCAAAAACCUAAAUUGCUACCAAAUCUUUCUCCUGAAAAAGCAAUUACUGACUAUCUUCGUAAAAUGGAAUUCAUUGAAGAAACGAAAGUUAUUUUGAGACAAUGUAUCUAUGAUGCUAAUUUAAUUGAUGUUCUUGGUACCCAAAAUCUGCAAUUUAGCACCGAGCAUCUAACUGUUAGGAAACUAUUAUCUAAUAAUCAACUUAGCGAAACUACUGAACGUUCCGGUGGUUUUUGCGGAGGUACUUAUGUAGAUAGAAACUUUAUUGAAUAUCUGGAAAGAUCAGUUGGUGAACAUGCUAUUUCAUCAUUAAAGGAGAAACAUUAUGGGCAAUUUCACUACGUUAUUCAACAAUUUUGCGAAAGAGUCAAAAUCCCAUUCACUGGUAAUCCUGAUGAUUUUAGACCAUUCGAAUUUGAUAUUCUAAAAUAUUGUGACUCUUUAAUACAAUAUCUUGAUAAUGAGAUUAAAAAUAAAUUAGAAGAUGAAGAUUGGAUUAUUGACAUUAAUUAUGAGGCUGUUAUGUCAUUUUUUGAUCCUGUUGUUGAUCAAAUUAUUAAUCUAAUUGACAUUCAACUCACUCAACUUGAAGAAAUCCACAAAUGCUCAAUAAUAUUUUUAGUUGGAGGUUUUAGUGAAUCUAAAUAUCUUCAGGAAAAAAUUAAGCAAAGAUUUAAUAGUUAUAAAAUUGCGAUCCCACCACAUCCAGUAGCUGCUAUAGUUCGUGGUGCUGUUGAGUAUGGAUUAGAUAUGGGUGCAAUUAAAACUCGUGUACUAAAAUGGACUUAUGGUAUUGAAGUUUAUUCAAAGUUUGAAAAUGGUGAUCCUCCGUCACGCAAAAUUUCUAAAGAUGGAAUCCUUAAAUUUCACUUAUUAGCAAAAAGGGGUAUUGAAGUGGAUGUGAAUCAAUGUUUCUCUGACAAAUUUUAUCCAGUUGCACCUGAUCAAGACAGCGGAACGGUUAAGCUUUUUUAUACCCCAAAAGACUCAGCACAAUACUGUGAUGAUCAUGAAAUGAAACUAUUAGGUGAAAUUCAUAUGGAUUUACCUGACACUCAUUUGGGACUUAAUAGACCUGUAUUAGUUACUUUGUGCUUUGGAAAAAUGGAAGUUGUUGCAACAGUAAAGAACGAAACGAAUGGUGAUACAUAUACUAAUUCAUUUAAAUUAGAAUUUUAA